UUGCGGACCUACAUGAAAAUUGGCAGUGGUAAAAUAAAUUCUUCUCAAAUUUACUUGCCAAUUCAAGCUAGAAAGUUGUACGCGCCUUAGUCCUUCAAAAAAAUGGCUCAAAGUAGUCAGAAUCUAAGCGACGAACAAAUAGCAGAAUUUCAGGAAUCAUUUGGAAUUUUUGACAAAAACGGGGAUGGAACAAUCAGCACUAAAGAACUUGGGAUGGUGAUGCGUUCGAUGGGAAAGUUUCCAAGUGCCGCAGAGUUGGAGCAGAUGAUAAGCGAGGUUGAUGGAGAUGGAAGCGGGACGAUCGAUUUUCAAGAGUUUCUUUCCAUGAUGGCCCGCAACCAAGGUAGUCGAGACGAGAAAAUGGAGGUGCACGAGUCCUUCAGGGUUAUUGAUAAGAACGGCGAUGGGUUCAUCACGGUGGGUGAGUUGAGACAAGUGAUGGCCAACAUUGGGGAGAAUGCGAGUUAUGAGGAAAUUCAGGAGAUGAUUAAAGUUGCGGAUCUGGAUGGUGAUGGGAAAGUUAAUUUCGAUGAAUAUUUUGCAGUCCUCGGAUCAAAAUGAAGUUUCUAGAAGCAGAAAAUAUAUUUCGAGGAAAUUAGUUAAAAGAGAAAUGAAUAAUGAAAAACAAUUUAAGAGUUUGGAUAGAUUAAGAGAAUAGUGCAAUUAUAAAUAAAUUUGAGUGGUCUCCUUUGAGUAGCUUCAAACCGUUUGGUAACACCUAAAAUGUAGGAUUUAAAUUAGCGACGAUUUAAUUUUUUUUAUGGUCGGGGGUCACGAGUGGACAUGAAAAGUGAAGAGAUUUUGGUCCCACCCCAUGCCACACCCCCUCAGCUGAGCAAAACGUGUAAAUCAGUUUUGAGUUUUUGUAAUUUUUAGUGUUUGUGCAAAUGGGCUGAAAUUUGGCAUGGAGGUAGACCAAAUAAUGCUGCUCAUAGGAAAUCUUUUGAUUUUCGAAAUUUUGAAAACUUUUGGAAAUAUCCAAAAUUUCCGAAAAGAAGCGAAAAUUUUGUUUUUGAAGGCAAAUUUCCAAGAAAUUAGUGGUUUAUCGAUUCUAAUGUACUCAGCAGACUUUUGUGGUUCAAAUAAAUGAAAAAACACAGUUUUCAUUUUUUUUCGUUUUUCUGACAGUAAAUAAAAAAA